AUGCGUCGCGGGUGUCAGCCGUCAUUUCUCCUCUCGUCUCCUGUAUGCCCCCUCGUCGUAUCGACCCGUGGCAUCAUCGCCUGCAAGGGCAUCGUAGAGAACCGCAUCACGAAGCACUACUCGAACCGUACUGUUGAGCAGGCCAAAGCAGAGCGGGAGGCACAGAUAGCUAAAUCCAAGCAUCCCAACCCGCGUAACCGCAAAGAGGAGCUGAGUCACCUCACACACCACUGCAGCUAUGAGUAUAUCCCAGAGUUUCAGCGAUGGGCAAACGACAUGAUGGCUGUUUACAAUGAUCCUCAGGGGUACGGUCAUGACAUGGCGUACCAUUACCACCGCAUCUGGAAGGCGAAGAGCCCCACAAAACGUGGUAUUGAAGACGGUAGCGGGGCCUUUGAGGUGUGUAAAAUCCAUCCCAAGUAG